AUGGAUUUUAUAUGGAAUUGGAAACGAUCAUUCAGUAAACCUGUGAACAUAAUUUGUAUAAUACUCACUGUUCUGGGGUUAAUGAAAAUCUUCAACUUUCAUCAUUUUUGCAAUUUUAAUCAUUGGAAUCAAAUCGGUUUCAAAAUUGAUCCUCCCUAUCACCAAGAUGGAAUUGUCUAUGAUUAUUAUUCGAAAAAUGACCUCAAACAGUUAAAAACCAGUUAUCAGUGGAAAAUUUGGCCAUUACCUCAAGAAGUAGACCCACUUGCAAAUAAUUCUUCGAUCAUUAAAAUUGAAACUUCGCCAUUUGCUAUGUCAAAACUUCUGUUUAUUGAUGUUAUUUAUAUAAUGACUAAUUCACGCUUAACUGAACGUCAUGAUCAUCUGAAAAAAGUCUUUCAUCGCCAAGGAAUUUCAAUGGAAUCAGUAAAAUGGAGAAUGAAAUGGAAUCAAACAACAUGCAAUUCUAAUUCUACUCAUUCAUAUGUUUAUAAACAACUCAAUCUGAAAGAUAAACCUUUAGAUCAAGAACAACAACGAAGAUGUGCAAUAACGAUAGAACAUGUCGAUGUAUGGCACGAAAUUAUUGAACAGAAACUUCAAUUAGCAUUAAUUCUUGAAGACGAUGUGAUAUUUGUUCCAUUUUUUAAAGAAAAAUUAACUAGAAUGAUUUAUACAGCUAUUCGUAGUGGAGCAUUACGUAUGAAUGGAACAUGUGCAAAGAUAAAAGAUAAACGAAUGACAGAUAACGAAUGGAUAAAUCAGAAUCCAAUGAUUGUUAUUGGAACAUGUUUCAAUCUUCAUGAUCAAUAUUUUCAAAAGCAUUUAUCAGAUGCACCACCACUUUUAUCAACUCAUAAACGGGAAGUGUCGAGAUGUACUCAUGCUUAUUUAUUAACAUUAUGUUCAGCACAAGCAUUAAUUAAUCAAAUUCAAGAACAAAAGAAUGAUUUUCUACCAUCAGAUCAUAUGCAAAAUUAUUUAAUUCGUUUAUCACCUACUCUUCAGUCAUUUUGGAUGGAUCCACCAUUAGCUUAUCAAGGAAAUCAAAUUAAUGAUACCGACAAAUUAGAAACAUUCAAAGUUCAGACUUACAAAUAA